UGAUGGGUGAGCUUUCCAGGUUAAAACUAGCACUCAGAAAAUAGCAUGAUAUUCUCAUGGCACUGAGUUUGAAACAGUUUUUUGGGUUUUCAGUGGUAAAAUUUGGCACUGUUUAAGUUUUAAUGUAGACUAUACAUUUACUCUUUUUUGAAGAAUACUGCAAGAUUCCAUAUUUUGGAGAUUUUAAAGACUACAAAAUUCCAUAUUUUGGAGUUCAUGUUCAUCUGAGAGAAAGUGGCUUUCACUUUUGAUGAAAACUGUAGGGUAGUAAAGAAGCACUCUUGUAAAUUUGUUGCAUAUGUAUCCUGGAGAGUUGAACAGACUGAGUUGUAAAGUUUGGAAACAGAUCUCUGUAUCAAGGACUGAUAAAAUCCAGUGCCUCUUUUUUAUUCUAAAAUUGUUAUUACAAUUUGCAUGUGACUGAAAUUAAUCUCAGCAUUUUAUAUCUAACUAGCUUCAUAUGUCAGAGAGGAAAUAGGCUGGUUUUCAUAGGAACUGUAAAUUGAUCAUCAUGUAUUUUGUGCUUUAGGCUUUCUUUUCCUCAUUUGAGUAAAAACUUUUGCUAGAUAUUUUAAAAUGUUACGUAAAUUACCAAUCCUAGAGAGAAUUCUGUCACAAUGGUAUGCAUCUCUCUUUUUCACUGUUCCAUCACAGUACUUCUAAUUGUUGUGGAACAGCUGAUAGUAUAUGGUUAGAAAGGAGCCUUUUGACUGGUUGUCUUAUAUUGUUUAUUUGGCAGGGGUUUGUCUGGUGUCUUAUGGUGACCAAUUGGCUUUUUCUUGCUUUAUGUUUUAGUGAUAUAUAAGUGAAUGGAAAUUUCAGAUAGAAAUUUUUGGUUACUGCAGACCUAGAUUCGAAUCAAAGCACAUCAAGAUGAAAGGCUUUAUAGCCUCCACUACUAGUCCCUUGAGCCUUCUGAGGCUCUUCUUGUCCUUUUUAAAUUAGAUCAUGUCCUGUAAUGGGAAAUGGAAUUAUUUACAGUUCAGUUUCUCCCCAGCAUAAUCAGUUAUCUUUGGGUUGGUUUUAAUUCUUGUCCAUAAAUUUAUUUUUUAGCAGUGUAGAAGGAAUUUAAUUUUAUUGUUGCCAUUUUUCCCCCUCUGUAGUAGCAAGAGUUAACAGAAUAAGAAAGCAAUUGUAAGAUGCAGUAUAGGAAUUGCAUUUGCAGCCAUUUGUGGUUUAAGAAAAGAGGGUGGUAUUUAGCUCUUGAAAGGGCUUAAAUGAAUAUUGUUUAGUGUUUUUGAAACCUAAUGGUCAGAGGCAGCAACAGAAACAGCCUUGGAGCUUUUAGGGUUUUAGCUUUUUCCUGAUGGAGGUGAUUGUUUCACCUCCUCUUUUAUGUCAGCAUUUUUCAUUGUCUGUUGCCUUUUGUUUAUAUUCAAAUGACAUAUCAUUAAAGAAGCCUUUUUUGUGUGAUUGCAAUGCUUUUUCCCCUCCUUCUGUAGAAAAUCUGCUUGCCACAGACAGGCAGAGCAUGUGUUUCUCUUGUCUUGGUUGGGUGCACAAAUCUUCUUUUAUGCGUGCUGCUUCUUACCCUGUUGCCUAGACGAUCGCUGGCUUUCACUAAGAAUGUCUGGUUCUCGUAAAGAGUUUGAUGUGAAGCAGAUUUUAAAAAUCAGAUGGAGGUGGUUUGGUCAUCAGGCAUCAGCCCCUAACUCGGCAAUUGAAAACCAUCAGGGAGACUUCUGGAAUAGAAGACAAAAUGUAACAACUGGUGGCAUGAAGUUUUUAGAUUCGGGUAACUUACCUUUAACAUCAGUUGGUUACAGAAGGUCCAGCCAACAGGAUUUCCAGAAUUCACCUCUUUGGCCAAUGGCAUCCACCUCAGAAAUCCCUACGUUUGAAUUCUCAGCAGAAGACUGUGGAGGUGCACGUUGGCUUGACAGACAAGAAACAGAUGAUAGAGAGAGUGAAGAAGAAAAUGAAUCGGACAGCAGCUCGUGCAGCAGAAUCUCCGACAGCAGUCACACCUUAUCCUCUUGUCAAAUAAUGGAGCCCUGUACCUCAGAUGAAUUUUUUCAGGCUCUCAACCAUGCUGAACAAACUUUUAAAAAGAUGGAGAACUAUCUUAGACAUAAUCAACUGUGUGAUGUGGUGUUAGUUGCUGGUGAUCGUAGAAUUCCAGCUCACAGAUUGGUUCUCUCCUCUGUUUCGGACUACUUUGCAGCAAUGUUCACUAAUGAUGUAAGGGAAGCAAGACAGGAAGAAAUCAAGAUGGAGGGUGUGGAGCCAAAGGCACUGUGGGCUCUGGUUCAAUAUGCAUACACAGGUCGCCUUGAAUUAAAAGAAGAUAACAUUGAGUGCCUGUUGUCUACAGCUUGCCUUCUUCAGCUCUCUCAGGUUGUAGAAGCAUGCUGUAAAUUCCUAAUGAAGCAGCUUCAUCCAUCCAAUUGCCUUGGAAUCCGAUCUUUUGCUGAUGCGCAGGGCUGCACUGACUUGCACAAGGUGGCUCACAAUUACACUAUGGAAAACUUCAUGGAAGUAAUUAGAAAUCAGGAAUUUCUGUUAUUGCCAGCCACUGAAAUUGCUAAGCUGUUAGCAAGUGAUGACAUGAAUAUUCCUAAUGAAGAAACUAUACUGAAUGCACUACUUACGUGGGUUCGACAUGAUUUGGAACAGAGAAGGAAAGAUCUCAGUAAACUCCUGGCUUACAUUAGACUGCCUCUGCUUGCUCCACAAUUUCUGGCAGAUAUGGAGAACAACGCACUCUUUAGGGAUGACAUUGAAUGUCAAAAACUCAUUAUGGAAGCAAUGAAGUACCAUCUGUUGCCAGAGAGACGACCUAUGUUGCAAAGCCCUCGCACCAAACCUAGAAAAUCUACAGUGGGCGUUUUGUUUGCAGUUGGAGGAAUGGAUGCAACAAAAGGAGCUACAAGCAUUGAAAAAUAUGAACUUCGUACCAACACAUGGACUCCAGUUGCAAACAUGAAUGGACGAAGAUUACAGUUUGGAGUUGCAGUCUUAGAUGAUAAAUUGUUUGUUGUUGGUGGCAGAGAUGGACUGAAAACAUUGAACACUGUGGAGUGCUACAACCCUAGAUCAAAAACUUGGAGUGUAAUGCCACCAAUGUCCACUCAUCGUCACGGUCUUGGAGUAGCUGUAUUGGAAGGUCCCAUGUAUGCUGUAGGAGGACAUGAUGGCUGGAGCUACCUAAAUACAGUGGAAAGAUGGGAUCCACAGGCUCGUCAGUGGAACUUUGUAGCUAGUAUGUCAACUCCCAGGAGCACCGUUGGUGUAGCAAUAUUAAAUGGAAAGCUUUAUGCAGUUGGUGGUCGAGAUGGAAGUUCUUGUCUUAAGUCAGUAGAAUGUUUUGAUCCUCAUACAAACAAAUGGACUCUCUGUGCUCAGAUGUCAAAAAGAAGAGGUGGUGUAGGUGUAACCACCUGGAAUGGGUUCUUGUAUGCAAUAGGUGGCCAUGAUGCUCCAGCAUCCAACUUAACAUCCAGGCUGUCAGACUGCGUAGAAAGGUAUGAUCCCAAAACAGAUAUGUGGACUGCUGUGGCCUCUAUGAGCAUUAGCAGAGAUGCAGUGGGAGUGUGUCUUCUUGGUGACAAGUUGUACGCUGUUGGAGGAUAUGAUGGUCAAACAUAUCUUAAUACUGUGGAGUCUUAUGAUCCCCAGACAAAUGAAUGGACACAGGUUGCACCACUGUGCUUAGGAAGAGCUGGAGCAUGUGUUGUGACUGUAAAACUCUGAAUUAUUUUCUCUGGGAAGGUGACAUUCUCCUGUGUAGACUCAGAGGAUUACUUUUUCCUCAAGCAAACUACGAGUGCACCAGUAAACACCAGGUGCAGGAUAUCUACCACAGCAAAGUGUUUGGUCUGAAGUUGACCUGAUGUUCCUAUGGACCAAUAUUAAGCACUUUUUAAAAACUUAUCUUUGUUAUGCAUAUGUUACAAGAGUUCUACUUGUAAGUAAGUCAGCUGCAACCUGCCAGUUGGCAGCAGAGGACUUCUGUUUAGGAAGCGCUAAGAAAAUGAAUGAACUCACUAUAAUAAUCCAAUGUUAUGGUUCCAGGGCCUUGAUUUCCCCAAAUGCAGAGCAGUGAUGCUAUAAAUGGAUAUACUUUGGUAUAAUUUGGUCUAUCUUUGGGUGAAACAAGUUAUAGGAUUGCACCCCAUAGAUUUAAUUUGCUUGUAAUAAAUGCAAGUAGAUAUCUGAGUGACUGCAGGCAGGCUAACAAACCAAUGCAAACUAUUGUAAAUGGCAGGUGUAAUGCCUGCUUUGGAAAUGAAGUUGUGUAUUUGAUGAAUCUUUUGCACUUUUUAUCAUCAUUCCUAGUUUAGCAAACUUUUUAUUUAACCAAAGCCUUAUUUUAAAUAUUGUCUUAUGCUAACAGAAACCUGCUAUUUAAUAAUUUCUGAUAUAUAUUUUUCACAUCCAGUAUACUUUUUGGAUUUUCAAAAUGGUUAUGCAAGAUGCAUCAUACCUUUUCCCCUGCUUUGGUUCUUGUAUUUACUUUGCUAUUUGUAUGAGUUAUUGGAAGAAUUCUAAAGUGUGAUAAACAAUUAACCAAUUUAAGUUUAAUAUUUGCACUUUGGAAUUUUUGAAGCAUUCCAUUACAUCUAGACUAAUUACAUUUUUAAAUGAGGCUUUGCACUACUAUGAGAAGUAUAAUUUUAUAAGAUGAAGAAAUUGUCUGUCUUUCCUGUAAGGUUAUUUAAAAAUGUAAAGGGCCCAAUCCUGCCAGAUGCUCAGCUGCCAGCAUUGAAGCAUGUUCAGCAUCUCACAGGAGGGUGACGUGUGCCUCGCAGGACUGUAUCAAAUUAAUUACCUUAUUUAAGUUACCUAAUUUUUUCAGAUACUUUAUAAUUUGCCUUUCUCGAGCCCUCUGCUGUUACACCGAAUUGGUUUGAACGGUCUAAAUGUUCUCGAGAGAAGCCUUUUUGUAUUUGCUUUUAUGUGCCUUGUCCCUUAUAUUCUUCGAACAGCACCGCGCGUUAAAAACGGGAAGAUGUGAACUCAUUGAAUGUUUUGGGUUUUUUUUUUUUUUUAAAAAAAAAAGUUUUAAGUGCUCGAUACCCAAAGUCCUUUGUAUAUUUGUAAUUUUAAACGUGUGUUUUAACGCUCUCGGCGAACUAUUUAUUGUUUUAAAAGAAAUCGGUGAUACUUUGUGAUGAAGCUUUGCAGUUGGAAUACAGCUGAUCGCAAGAGGC